AUGACGGACUCUAACGAGGGUCCGAAGAGGCCUCAUGUUCUCAUAGUUGGAGCUGGAAUCGGCGGUCUGACAUUGACUCAACUUCUACGAAAGCGAAACAUCAGCUAUGAGAUCUUUGAGAGAGAUCCCGAGCCAAGGACCACUGGUUGGUGUAUCGCACUUCAUACCAUGCUGGAAGAGCUUCAAGCCUCAUUCCCAGAUGACGUCCCAAGCCUUGAAGAGGCAGAUCAUCUGAAGCCUCUGAAGCUGCCAUCGCAGUCGGUGAUAUAUCCAUCAAACGACCCCGAUGUCCGUUUUGGAACAACUGCCGCAGGAUCCAACGAUUUCUUGAGGUGCAACCGAGAAAAGCUGCGUCAAGUCCUCGUUACGAAUGUGAACGUCCAUAUGAGCAAGAAGUGCUCUCGUGUUGAAGAGUCAUCUGAAGGAGUGACGGUUCAUUUCGAGGACGGAACGUCUGCCACUGGGGACAUCGUUGUUGGGGCAGAUGGAGUCAACAGCAUUGUGAGAAGCCACCUGCUCACCAGCGAUCCACUGGAACACCUCCCGCUCGGUGUCAUUGGCGGCGAGCUGAGUCUCGGCGGCCGGUACAUGGAAAGGCAGCUGGAGUUGGGCCAUUCGACUUACACGGUAUUCCUGAAAGAUGACGCCGAAGAUACAAACUCUGGAAACUUUGUCACACUGUUCGCGGCCCUGGAGAGGGUUCACCCCGACGGAAACUCGGCCGACUUCUACUGGAUCUUGACUUGGCGGGACGAGAAGGCCGGAAAAGAAGACUUUUGGACCAAGCACGCAAGCCAGCAAGAGUUGUACGACUUUGUGCAAAAGGCCACGAAAGCUCUGAACACGGAAUUCCGUCGUACUAUUGAUGCGACGUCUGUCGACCGGAUUCUUGGCAACCCUUUCCCACUCCGGACUCUGAUCACGCCUGGGCUCCCCUCCAGCAGAGCAACUCUUCUUGGUGAUGCGGCACACUGCAUGCCUCCUUUUGGCGGGCAAGGAGGUGUCCAGGCUAUCAUAGACGCUUUGAAUCUGGCAAAGGCAAUCGGAAAUCUUCCUGGCCAAGUGGUCGCUGGGGAGGAGAUCAAAGAGGCUCUCUCAUCGUACAACGAGGAAAUGCUGCAACGCGGAAACGAUGCAGUGAGGAAAAGCCUGGCUGUCUAUGAUCCUAAUGCUAAGAAAUUUGCCUGGGACCGGGCUCCUGAGACGUUGCCCAAGGAGAACAUCUCUCUUGAGAAGUUGAGAAGCGGAAUUCCAUAG